AUGUCGGCACUAGUUUCAUCAGAAAACGUGCCCAAUGGCACAAUGAAUAAUAACCUUAAUGGAAAACUUGAAAAAAGAGGAGGCCCCUCAAGAGGAUCUGGAAGAAAGCCACGCCAACUUCGACCCGAAGAGGUUCCAUUCAAGAUCCAAAUAGACGAAAAAAGCAGAAUCAUAGCCAAACUACAAAAUGAAUUGUCAUCCAUAAAUAACCAUAUUAACAGCAAUAGAGGCGGAUUGUCUGCAAACGAUGAGCGUAGCCUCAUAAAAAGUAGGCUUGAUGAUAUACAGAGCCGAAUUAACUCAUUGGAUAUAAAGCGUUCAGCCUUCCUUGACGAACUAGAUAAUAAGCAACGUGAUAUCAGAAAGAAAAACAAAACUCUUUCCGAAUUAAAGACAGCUUCAGGAUACAAAAGCGAACAUGAAAUUGAUCAUCAGAUCAAGUUCCUGGAAGGCUUGAUGAUGACCUCAUCCCUGAGCCUUAAGGAGGAAAAGUCCAUGAUGUCUCAACUACAGCAGCUCAGAAAUACCAAAGCCUCCCUCGAACGCCUUAAAAUGGAGUCACUUAACACAAGGGAAUCGGUGGAUGGCAUGAUCAUGGACGUCAAGAGCAAUCUCGAUAACCUCAGGGAUGAACUUAACCUCUUGAGAAAGGCUAAAAGAGAGGAGAGCCAGAAGUUAUUUAAUUUGAACGAGAGCAAGAAGAAAACCAUGGAUUCCAUGAAGGAGUAUUUCACAGAGAAGAGCCGCCUGAUGACCGAGAUCCAGGAACACAUCAACGACAAACGCAACUUAAUGAAGCAGUUGGAAGAGCUGAACAACGAAUAUUACACAAAACAGAAGCUCUUACAACAGCAAAAGUUGAAGAAACAGCAAGAAGAAAGAGAACGUAGAGCACUGGAAAACGAGGUCAGGCAGCUCCAAUCCCAGCUCGACAACUGUGACUUCUUGCCUUACGACAAGGAAGUUAGGCUACUGCAACAAGUUUUAACAUUUUUAUCAACACUCGAAAACACAAAUACAACUAAAGAACCCUCAACAACCACUAAGGAAACAGUUACCGUUGAACACAAUGGAACCUCUCCGAGCCUGGUCAAGGACGAAUAUGGAAUGAGAUUGGUGCCCAAGAAGGACAGAGAUGAAUAUUUCAUCUCACCAAAGACUAAGAAAGAAAAGAACAAGAAUAAGGACAAGUCUUCAAAGUUUAAAAUUGAUAUGGCUACUUUGAGUUACUUUGAAAGCUGCGGUGUUGAUCCUCCCACAUGCCUAGAUUCUCUCCCCAGUUGUCGUGAAAAGUUACAGCAGAAACUAGACCAUUACAACAGCUUGAGGAGUGAAUGCAACGUAGAGGACAUGAGGAAUCAAAUUGCACAGAAACUUGACUUAGCCAACAAGAAGCUUGAAGCCUUUUCUAAAUCACCUAAGGGUGUCAAUCAAGGCCCAUUAGUCGAUACCUCUAAUUCACAAGUCAACCCUGAAGUUUCUCAGGAAUCUUAA